CCGCCUCUUUUUAAAAUUACUGUAGUGAAACGUAGAACAGAGUUUAAGAUUGCAGAUGGUACUGUCUUUGCGAAAUAUGAAGAAGAGCAAGAUUGUUUGGGCUGGUCGUCGCGUGUCAAACAACCCACCUUCAAAGCCCAUUCCCGGACGCCAGAUAUGUCUUCUGGGGACUAACUAUUCAUGGAAAAAUGGACCCAAGCCCAAAACAGUGCAGGGUGUCCUGAUAAUUAGUCCUAAGCACAAAAUGCUUGAGCACCACAAACUCUUCAGUGGUUAUGCAAGACACUCGAUCAGAACUUUCUGUUCUUCGAAGCUUCCUGACAAGUGGGAACAGGAGAUAGAUGUUCGUGUACCGUGUGCAGAUUUCAAAGGCCACUGGAAGAUCAAGACACUUCGGGUCAGCGUUCUGGACAGCCACCCCGAAGAUGUGGACCAGGAAAGGAUGACUGUUGUUGCAGUUCAUGGAACGCCAGAGACUGAGUUUCGUCCCCUGGCUGAACAACUUCACGGAAUGGGCGUCCGUCUCAUCGCACCGAAAAGUCUCGGCACAGACAAAAACCCCACUGACCCUGACGCAGCUCCGGACACUGACUUCUCAGCAGACGGCAGAGUCGCACGACUUAAAGCAAUAAUCCAAGCAAAAAAUUACUGCGGUCAGCCGCAGCUAUACGAGACACACGGAUCCCCCUGCUGUACAUCUACUGCGAGGACGACCGGAUCGCGAGCAGCCUCCUGCAAGAGGUCAUGACCUUUGACGUCCUCCGGAUCCCCUCGGAGAACAUCGUGCGGGUCUCCGCUGACGGCAAGGGGAACAUGGAGCCUUUGUUUA